AUGAAAUAGAAGAGUCUCUUUACUUUCGGUGGGUUGAAGUUGGAGAGAGUAGCGAUCUUUGAUGAUUGUGUCGAUAAGCCGAAGAACUGAAGAGAUUGUAAAAAAUAAUCUAUGAAAACAAAGCAAUUGCACUGUGAUGUGAUUGCGGACGAAAAGUUGAAAAUGCCGCGACUUUAAUGGUAAUCUGCGUUCCAGAUCUUCUGAUUUCUUGAGACACAAAGAGAGAUAGAGCCGCAGACAGAUUCAAAUCCUGUGUUUCACAAAUCUUGUAAGCUGCUGUCACGUUUGCCCUUUGCACAAUUGGGUUUCGAUUACCACCGACGCGCAUGAGAGAUGGCAAGGUCGUCAUCAAAACACGCAUCACUGAAGUUGGUGCUGAUAUGCUUGGCGCUUCUUGGAUUUGCUCUCAUGGCCGACUUUAUGUGGGCUUUCUCCUCACGCUUUUCUUAUUCGUUAUCUAUUGCAUCCAAUUGGGCUCCUCCUUAUCACUCCGACAGCAGCAUAGCGGUGCCCAGAAAGUCAGACGAUGGAAAUCUCAGGAAGGGAGAGACUGCAAAAGGUAGUAAAGAUGCUAAUCCUGGGAGAACACUGUCAGCAACUUUUGCUGAUCUGCCGGCCCCAGAGCUAACGUGGAAAAAGAUGGCAACUGCUCCUGUGCCUCGCUUGGAUGGUGCUGCAAUACAGAUCAGAAAUCUUCUAUACGUAUUUGCUGGUUAUGGCACCAUUGAUUAUGUACAUUCACAUGUUGAUGUGUAUAAUUUUACUGAUAAUACAUGGGGAGGAAGAUUUGACAUGCCAAAGGAAAUGGCACAUUCACAUUUGGGAAUGGUGACCGAUGGAAGGUACAUUUAUGUAGUCACAGGGCAAUAUGGUCCACAGUGCAGGGGGCCUACCGCUCAUACGUUUGUGCUUGAUACUGAGACAAAAAAAUGGCGGGAUAUGCCCCCAUUACCAGUCCCUAGGUAUGCACCAGCAACUCAACUUUGGAGAGGUAGACUUCAUGUGAUGGGUGGUAGCAAAGAAAACCGGCAUACACCUGGUUUGGAGCAUUGGAGUCUUGCCGUGAAGGAUGGGAAAGUCUUAGAAAAGGAAUGGAAAAAUGAGAUACCUAUUCCUCGAGGAGGACCUCAUAGGGCAUGUGUUGUUGUUGAUGAUCGACUUUACGUUAUUGGAGGUCAAGAAGGUGAUUUUAUGGCAAAACCUGGAUCCCCCAUUUUCAAAUGCUCUCGCAGGAAUGAGGUGGUUUACAGUGAUGUUUAUAUGCUGGAUGAUGAUAUGAAAUGGAAAGUGCUGCCAUCAAUGCCAAAACCAGAUUCCCAUAUUGAAUUUGCUUGGGUGGUGGUUAACAAUUCAAUUGUUAUUGUUGGCGGCACAACAGAUAAGCAUCCUCAAACCAAGAAGAUGGUUCUCAAUGGAGAAAUAUUCCAAUUUAGCUUGGGUUUGCAGCAAUGGUCAGUCAUAGGGAAGCUUCCAUUCCGUGUGAAAACCACAUUGGUUGGAUAUUGGGAUGGAUGGCUGUACUUCACAUCUGGACAACGAGAUAAAGGACCGGACGAUCCAUCGCCAAAGAAGGUGAUUGGUGAAAUGUGGAGAACAAAAUUAAAGCUGAUCUUAUGAUGACCUUUUCAAAUAGUAUCACAUUUUUUUUUGUCAACACGAGCUUAGCUCAAAGGUCAUGAGUUCGAAAAAUAGUAUCACAUUUUUUCCAGACCAUUUCCGCAGCUUCGUUCUAGCUGUGUGUUUCUUGUAAAGCGUAGAGGUUGCUUGAGAAGCGUAGAGGUUGCUUGAGAAGAGAAGAAAGUUGCCAGUUCCCUCGUACUGUUAGAUGACUAAAUAUUUUAUUGCUCCUGCCUCCUGCCUGUCCUGCCUGUAUACAGAAAUAGAAACACAAACACUGUAGUUGUACAACUUCCAUUUAGAUGGGAAUAUGUCCCUUCUUUUAUUUAUAUUCUUUUAUAGAAUAACACUCUAUUACUUUGAAUGGGAAGAUGAUGUUAUUAUUA